UGCGCGGCAGCAGUGGCGACCUUGCGUCCGGUGGAAUGAUACUGUACAGUGCGUCAGGUACCAUAAGACGCAUUAUUCUCCCGCGCUUUAUAGUUAGAGUCGUGUCUGGAUGUGUUGUUAAUUGUGAUGGAUUGUUAAUAUUCCGUCCACAGAUUCUCUGAUUCACAGACUCGAUCAUGACUGUUGUGAGGACUCUUGACGUCAGAGGAGAGAAUCAUCGGUGAGGUCCAAUGGGGGGAAUAUGAAGCGAGGCAGAGGUAUCGUCCUACCAACAGUACUAGCCAUGCUAACCGACGAGCACCUCGCCUUUCUAGAGGACUUAACCCGCCAAAGAUGAUGAUUCAAGUCAACUACGUGGAAGGAAGAUAGAGAGGAGGCACGGACUGCGCUCGAGCUUGGGAGAGAAAAAGACAUUGCAGCUUCAUGGCACUGAGCUAUGAUUCACUCUCUUGCAGCAGCAAUGAGCAACCAACUUCAAAACACCUCUUCCCUCUCCACGGCGGGCACGUGGAAUCUCCUGGACGUGCGGAACUCAUCACCGGUGCAAACGGCAGAGCUGCAGCCCCUCACCGUUAGCCCGUGGGACAUUGCGCUGUGCGUGACGGGCACGCUCAUCUCCUGUGAGAAUGCAAUCGUGAUUGCCAUCCUAUUUUACACGCCCACACUGAGAGCUCCUAUGUUCAUUCUAAUAGGAAGUCUUGCGUUUGCAGACCUGCUUGCCGGACUUGGCCUCAUUCUCAACUUUGUCUUCAUCUAUAUGCUGAACAAUGAGUUUGUGACUCUGUUCUCUGUCGGCAUGCUGAUCGCCGCCUUCUCCGCAUCAGUGCUCAACAUCUUGGCCAUCACAGUGGAUCGCUACUUGUCCCUCUACAAUGCUCUGACAUACCACACAGAGCGCACCGUGACCUACACCUAUGUGAUGGUGGUGGUCAUUUGGCUGGUGUGCAUCGUCCUGGGCCUGCUGCCAGUGCUCGGUUGGAACUGCCUACAAGAUGAGGCCAGCUGCAGUGUUUGUAGGCCAGUCACCAAGAACAACGCUGUGGCGCUCGCUGUGACAUUCUUGCUGGUGUUUGCCCUCAUGAUGCAGCUUUACCUGCAGAUCUGUAAGAUCGCCUUCCGCCACGCGCAGCAAAUCGCUGUUCAGCACCAGUUUAUGGCCAUUUCCACUACGAAAGGUGUUUCCACACUCUCAGUCAUCCUCUGCUCAUUUGCCGCAUGCUGGAUGCCCUUCGCCAUGUACUCCAUUGUGGCGGACUCCAGCUACCCAAUGAUCUACACGUAUGCAACGGUGCUGCCAGCGACAUGUAAUUCGGUCAUAAACCCAAUCAUAUAUGCUUACAGAAACCCAGACAUCCAGAAAUCCCUGUGGCUUGCCUGCUGCGGUUGUGUACCGUCCAACUUCUCCUUGCGGCCAAGGACAUCAAGCGAUGUAUAGGUUGGACUAAGUAAGAGUUAUGUCUAUCUUAUAAUCAGUUUGUACUGUGUCAGUGUUAAUGAUAAGAUGUCUUUCCAGACAUAUGUUGCUGGUUGUGCAUUAGGUGUUGAGGUUACGUACGUCCAUGAUGUCAACCUGCACUGUACAAUUAGAUGUCUUCAAUGCAUAGAACAACUCUGUGCAACAGUAAUAUCAAAUUGCAUCAAAAAUAACUUCCGUAAUAAAAUCGGUAAGAGGUAACAAGAGCCCAAGUGACGCAAAUCGUAAACUUCAAAAUCAAAUAUACUUAUAUAUAUUUAUAUAUAAAAUUAGCAUUAACAAUGAAAAUGAUAAUGAGACCAAGUCUGAUUUGGGUGAGGAAAGCUGUAAUUUAUGGAUAGCUUUCACGUUCACAUUUUAUGGAGUUCUUUCAGGACCAUGGACAGCACACACUGUCCAUGGUGCUGUCCUUAAACGUUUCUUAAAUAUGGUUUACUUAAAAAUUUAUAAAUUACAAAGAAAACCGAUAAAAUUAUUCUGAUGUCGGUCCCUAUCCAGUUUUACAAAAUAAAAUUACUUAUUUUGCUAACUAUAAGAGGCACUAGAAAAAAGUCAAACGUCUGAAGAUUUGCUGCCAUGAAGUAGUGUAACGCAUAUUUUAUUGCAUUUUUGCUUAUCUGAACUCACGUCCCACAUGCAAUUUGCGUGCUCCAGCGCACGUCUUUGUGCGAGACGCUGAGUUAAUAAAGGUUUGCGCACAAAAUAAGAUGUCAGCCAAGACGCUUUAAAUACGACCUCAGGCAACAUCUUUAUUGCGUUAUUGUUAUUGCGUUAUUUAGCAAAAGGCCAUUUUGGACGGGAAGGCUUAAAUAAGACACUGCAGGACCCGUAUAGUGAAAUGAUUUGAGCGAUUAUCAGACAGAAUUAAGUGUGCAGACUGUACAAUUAGUCAGUUAGACCAGAGAUCAAUGUCAGGGUCGGCUUGUGUGUAAAGAGAUCUAGGCACAAGCCUAUUAGAAGAUCAGAUAACUAAGCCAAAAUGGAAUGGGGACAUAGGUUCAUUGAAGACCGAAAUUAAGAUCGAAUUAUAACAGCUAAUGUAAAUUGCCUUCAAGUCAUUACCAGAAACAGUCAAUUUGAUUCUUUUUAAAGCUUUACAACCAAAAAACAUACAAAAUGGCGCAAACAUACAGCACUAAAAGAUACAUUGAUUUUUUAUAAGCAUAUAUUUGUGGAACUUGAAAUGUGACUAUAACAAAGCCUUGAGUUUUAAGGGGGAUACAAAUGUCGCUGCUGUUUUUGACAAGCCCUCAUUUGCGAGCAAAGAAUCUUCAUUUUGGCCUUACCUUUUCUCUUUUGCAAUAAUGAAUCAACGUGUACCGUUCAAUGAUAGAGCUACAAUCACAAUGAGGCCAUCAACAGAGCUAAUUCUACUUCCUGACUUGAAAAAGAUAGAAGAGACUGAGACCAAGUUAGCGAGACCAGGGUGUUUCUCUUUGAAGCUCUUUAAAUCAACUGUACUGUUUUAUAAGAUUUCUCAUUGUUGUACUCACAGUAUUUAAAGUUGGCCUUGAGAGCCCACGCGGGUGAUCUCUGACUAACCUCAAUACUCAUAGUGACCUGUACGAAAUCUGAUGGACUUUUAAACAGUUGUUUCACAGUCUGGACACUGUGGAGCAACUGUCCAUGUUUGUUCCGUGCGUAUGCGAGAGAGCCUGAACCAUUUGUUUAUAUACCACUCACUUAUGUCAGGAGUGAGGUUCAGUGACCUGUCACACUGUGCCCACCCAAAAAUAUAACCUACCCCACGUGGAACUUGGCAAAUAUCGACAUUUUUUUGCAAAUCUCUAUUGUUAUGUAACGUAUCUCUACUACGAUGUAUUCAAUGGGAUGCCAUAGAUUCUUUUUGUUCAGGGGUGUGAGUGGUUAUUUUUCUUAUGCAAUGCUGUAUGGAAACAUAUAUUUUUAUACACAACAGGGCAUGAGUUUUAUGAUGUUGUUUUGGUGAGUGUGCGUGUGUUCAGUAUCUGUAUUCUUAUCAAUGGUUUUCUAAACAAAAACAGAAACAGACAAAAACAAAGUGUUGACGAGGCAGAAUGUGCCAUAAUUUUACUUACCAGUGUCUUAUUGAUUUUCAUGCAUUCACCAUAUCAGUAAAAAUGAGGAUUUACUGUCACUUUACAAUGGUGAAAGCCUGUGUUUCACUCUCUCUCUGGUGUGCUAAAUUUGAACAUUGCACCUCACUUUGGUUACUGAGAGCAAUGAAGUCCUCUCUUUAGUAUUCUGUUAGACUGGGAGAGCCCUUUUUGGUGCCAGAUUGUAGGCAGAUGGUUCACCCCUAGCCUCAUGCUCAAAAGUGACCUAUCUAAUUACUUACUGUAUAACACAAAUAUCAUCAUAGGAUUCAAGAACCCCAGGCACCUAUCUUAAGAUAAGAGUAAAGUGGAUUAAACUUAAACUGACUGCAAUCUUCGAGAGCUACAGGGUAUUUCGACUGUAUUCUUUAUUAGCUGCUAAAUGAAAAUAAGAAAAAUCUGGAUGACGAAAAGACCAGCAUACACCUUUUUGUUACGUCACUGCUGACGUAGAAAAACUGAGAAAGGUCGUCUGAAUGACAGCUCGUAACCGCACAGGAGCUCUAUUACCACUAAAUCUGGCCCUACUAAAAAUAACCUUAAAGAGCAUGAAAUGUUACAUUUAUCUAGAGUACUUGAAAUCCCGUUUCUGGGCCAUUAAGCAGAGCUCUGUGUUUUCCAUCAACAGCUACAUUAAAGUGCGAAGGAGACUUUCCAGAAUAAGGGAGGGGAGAGAGUAAAAGAAAAGGAGAUUAAGCCUCUGGAAGAGCCUCUGGGUUUAUGUAACCACUGCACCCAGAUGUAGUCCAUUAUCAAAAUCUGUCUGUGUUUCUGAUUCACAAACUAGUCUAGCUGUAGUCUAACCGUUUUACAUCUAUAGAGCUAAAGGAAUGUACUACUUGUAUAGGCGCAAACUGUCAGCACAAUUAUGAGGUCGGUCAUAAGUGGACAAAUGUGGCCCUUGUGGUCAGAUUUUUGGAUGGGUGCUCUGAAACUGUGAUGUAAUGGUGUUUAUAAUUUGAUUUGCAUUGUUUCUCUUUGUAUUGUGGACUAAAAUCUGACAUGCACUUUAUGAAAGGAACAUGCUACACGUUGCAAUGUAAGUGUGGAAUGUAAUCCUUACAAAAAUGAUUUAUUUUUUAUUACUGUAAAUAAAACAAUACAGAGACAAAGAGUGAGAUGAAAGGACAAGUGGAAAAUACUUUGUCAAAUAAAAUUGAGCAAACUCAAUCAUGGA